AUGACUUUCUGGAUAAUCACUAUUUUUGUCAUCGCCAUUUCAUCGUCCACAUCCCAUGGAGCAAGUCUUGCCACGGAGGAAAGCAAGGAUCACAACUGCACUCUCGGAGAUGGUCUGAAAGCUAUAUCUUGUGUUUUUAAAAUGCAAGAUUUCUUGGAGAAGGUUGAAGACCUGAACCUUGACAAUAAAGCAGAAACCGCAAAUUUCAAAAGUUCGUGUGACUCUCUCCGAGAAUGUUUCACUUCUCUUGACUGUAAAACUUCGUCAACUGAUCAGGAAACUUCCGAUAUCUCAGGCAUGAUCAAAACGUAUUGUGAUACUAUUGUCUACAUCUCCACUGAUUUUGUGGAGUGUAGUGAUAAACUGGAAGACAAGUCGUCUCAAUGUUUCGAGGACUGGGACCCUUUCCCAGAAGAUGUUUCAAAAGAAACGGAUCCGGUCAAAAAAAAGGAGAAGAGAAAAUUGGCGUGCAAGAAUUUCUUCGGGAAGGACAACUGUUUGAAACACGAAAUUACCACUAUGUGUAGUGAGGAAGAGUGGAAAGGAUUCAAAAAUCAUUUCAUCUCACUGAGCAAUAUGACAAGGCAAUGUGAUUUUCAUGAACUCUGA